AUGAGCAUUCAAACACUGCUGCUUAUUUCGAUCGUGGCCACGAUGGGCUGGCUGGAAGUAAUCGGUGACCCAAUUGGAGAAGUGUCCAGUCCGUGUGUUGGAGUGCCAGAUGAUUAUUUUGUACGCGAUCUAACCGAUUGUCAAGGCUAUCACUACUGUUUCAACGGUACCAUAUCGAGCAACAAGUGUCCCGGCGAUUACUACUUCAACGAGCUAAAGCAGAUAUGUGACUACCAGGACAAAGUGAUGUGCCACGUUUGUUCGGAAAAGACGGGUGUACAGAUUUCGCCACAUCCACAAAACUGCAACCAAUUCAUCACCUGCUCUGAGGGAGCAUCGUUCGUCAGUCAGUGUGCCGAAGGGUAUGCGUUUGAUCGUCAGAAGAAGGUUUGCAAUCCCGCCGAACGCGUCAACUGCGAACAGGAACUCUGCCCGAAGGAGGAUGAUCCGAACGAGAUCGUGUUCCUGCCAGGAGUAGAGCGUUGCGACGAGUACUUCAUCUGCCGGGCAGGAACAGCCAUCCAAGCGCUCUGUGCGCCGGGACUUUACUGGGACGCGGACAAGAAACGGUGCGAUUUGAUGGCGAACGUUAGCUGUACUUUGUACUGA